AUGACGACGUCGGCGUGUAGAGCGCUCCUUCGAAUAAUUAAGAAGGAGGCACACAUACUGCCCGUUUAUGUAAUAAGGAGGAGGUCCGUCUCGCAUGACACGUUGGCGGGCAUCCCCUGGAUGAGUCACAGCAGAAUUACGAAGACGAUCGAGCGGGUGUCCAAUGAGGGUCCAUACGACCGGAUCACCUGGGAGAGGCUAAGCGAAAGAGCAAACAAAAUAAUUAACACCUUCAACAUCAAAGAAAUGGGAAGAAUACUCCAGGCAUAUUCAAAAGUGAAUUAUCGCGACGUAAAAAUAAUUUUAAAAUUUACUGAAAAGAUAAAAAAGGGAGAUGUACAUAAAAUGGACAUGCUAGCCUGUGCGCAUAUUUGCCAUUCUUUAAAUGCGUUAAAUUAUUUUGAUAGAAAAUUAUUUGAGUUAAUUCUUUUGCAAUUUUUGAAGCUUCCUGUUGGAGACAAUUCUAAUGCCUUUCCACUGAUUGUAACUUUAAAUGCCUUUUCUAAACAUUGCAACGAUUCUUCAUUUCGCGAACUGACUUUGAAGCUUCUCAUUUUUGUUCUGACCAAUUAUGCCAAGUGUAGGAAGUCCUUUACCCCGCAGGGGCUGGCUAUGCUGCUCAACUGCUUCUCCCAGGUCACCAAGCCGACUCCCGAAUUUUUGCAAGUUGAAAGAAGCAAGCUGGGGAGAAUUUACAUACAAGGAGGGGGGGAGCGGGACCAGGUGAGCAACCCCUAUGGAGAGCAGCACAGGGACGUAGUUACGCUAAUGCAUGGCAGUGGGGAGGAGGAAGAGGGGGUAGCCCACACGGGUGCUUCCCCCCCUAAGGAGAAAACCCCCCGGACACCAAAAAUAACCCCAUGCUUAAGUACUGUGACUCACUUGGGGAGUCCCCCCAGGCAGGGGGACGAAAGCGACAUCGAGGGAGACAUGCACAACUGUGCGUACCACCAGAGUGUGCUGGCCGAAAUGGACGAGGAGAUGCUCCUGCGGGAGGGAGGCCUCCCCCGAUGGGAGCGAGACGAUACCAAACCGAAAUGUAGCUUCGACGGGGGUCAAAAUAACGUCGUAGAAAUUGCAUUAAACGGUGGGAAACCCCCACAGGGCGCACGAAGCCAACAGACGGAAGAGCUGAAGAGCAUGUUUCUCUCAAUACUCUUGGAGGUAACAAAAGAAGUGGGCAAAAUGAACACCCAGUCGCUCUCCCUCAUAAUCAAUGCGUGCUGUAGAGUUUGGUUUGAAGUUCCUAGAGAGUUUUUAAAAAUCAUUUUUGAGGAAACGAUUAGGAAGAUCCAGCUAGCCACGAUUAGACACCUGUCUCUAAUCAUCAAUGGGUUCAUCAAGUUGGGAGUCCCCGAGCCGGGCUACGUCUCCGCCGUCUUUCGCCAAGUUGAGAAGAAGGUGCACUCGUGCGAUGAGCAGCAGCUGAGCUUCAUCCUGGGCGGCAUGGUCAAGUUGGGCUGGGCAGGCAUUGCUUCUACCACUGUGACAGGCGACGUUGCUCCUAAUCCGGUUGGCGGUGCCUCUCCCAGUAGAGCCCCCCCCAGCGGCGGGCAUACCUCGCCGAGCAAGCACCUGCUGGACAGUCUAAACGCAAAGUUCAUCCUCAUGGCCAGGCGAAUGAACAUUUCCACCCUCUGCAAUGUCCUCUAUUGCUACGCCAAACUUGGCAUCUCCCACGAGGACGCCUAUCAACUGUUUCAAAUAUAUUUUGCCAAGCAGAUUGACCAGGCCACUCUCCACCACCUAGCCAUAGCGGCGUACGUCCUAUCGAAGAGGAGAAUUAAAAACGACACAACGUGUAUGAUAGUGAAAAGGAGCGAAAAUCUCUUGCAAAAAAUGGAAGCCCCACUUGACACGUCCACCACCAAAUGCUUGCUCAUUCUAGUCAACAGCUUUAGCGAGCUGGGCAUUUACUCGCGUGUGUUUUGUUCCCACCUGCGUUUCGUUUUUCGUGCACGGGGGGGCGAGGUGGAGCAGGGCGGCAGUGAUGGCGGUGAAGCGGAGCGGCCACUCCCCAAUUGGAGGGACAGUCCGACGCAUGAAGCAGAUCCCCCUCUUAAUGUGAAGCGCAUUACCAACAAAGGGGUUUACCUAUCGCGUAAGGCGGUCUCCCUGUACGCUGGCUCUCUUCAAGUUGAGGACGAGGGGGUGGGCUGA